AUGUCACCUCGUCAGCAAGAAGUCGCAUUGAUCGUCGGUGCCUCCAGAGGAAUUGGACGCCAGAUUGCCAUCGAUUUGGCUCGUGAAGGCUACGCAGUCGUCGUAGCAGCGAAGUCCACAUCCGAUGCCUCCAAAACUACUCCCUUCCCGCCCGAUCCAAACUCCUCCGCAUCCACCAUAUCCACCGUCGCCCGCGAAAUUCUCGAAGCCGGCGGCACCGCCGCUGCCAUCCCCGUGGACACCCGCGACUUCGCCAGCAUCCAGCAUCUCGUUGCGCAAACAAUUGCCACGCAUGGCCGGCUUGAUGUCCUGAUCUACAACUCAGGCGCAAUAUGGUGGGCCAGCGUCGAAAACACGCCCAUGAAGCGCUUCCAGCUGAUGCAGCGUGUCAACGUCGAGGGACUGUACGGCACCAUUCAAGCCACACUACCGCAGUUCAAGAAACAGGGCUGGAAGGGCAGGAUCAUCGUCGUUAGUCCGCCUAUCUACUCGCGAUUCUUCCGCGGCAAGACGGCGUAUGCGAUGGGCAAGGUCGGCAUGUCGGUCCUGACCAAGGGACUCGCUAUGGACUUUGAGCGCGAGGGCAAGAAGGAUAUGGCGAUUACGUCUAUCUGGCCGGCUGCGGCGAUUCAAUCUGCCGCGACGGAGACGGCGGAGGCGAGUGAGUUGAGGAAGGCGACAAUUUAUGGGGAUGCGAUUCUGGCGAUGUUGAGGAGUGAAGCGAGUGAGGUUAAUGGGUGUUUGGAACUUGAUGAAGAUUUUUUGAGGAAAAAGGGGGUCACGGAGUUCGGGAAGUAUAGUGUGGUAGAGGGCGCGACGCCGAGGAGGAUUAUGCCGGCGGAGUUUCCGGAUCUUAGGGUCAAGGAGCAGGACGAUGAAGGGAAGAGGAUUGAUAGUUCGAAGAUAGAGAGCCCCAAACUUUGA